AUGAUCUCGACCACCACCAGCAGCAGCACCUCCCCAACAUCGAUCGCCAUUCCAAGCUGCUCAUGCCCAACCCCCACGGCCACUCCCUCCAACACCUAUAUCCGCCGCCAUCUAAACCCCCAGAGACCGGCCUGCGCUUAUGACAGGCCGCAGGCGCUUCUCGACUAUCAAGUCGUGACCAGCGACCUCGGACCCAACAACGAUUACGCCCCGGGGCUUGCGCAGUGCCAGGCGCAGUGCGACCGCAACCCCGCUUGCGUUUUUUACUUUCUCUUCAUAAGCCGAUCCCAACUGGUGCUUAACAACAACAGGGGCCAGUGUGUGAUAAGCAACCAGCCCUUUCAGUCCGAGUCUUUGUUUUGCGGAUACGAUUCGGUUACCUUUAGCGCCGGCUACGACCAGGUCCCGAGGGGAGGUGGAUCUUCUGUCGUCGGCUCGUUGACAAGCUCAUCGAUACCGACCACUAGUUCAAGCGCCUCAAUGGCCACUACAAGCUGA